GGAGCAAAACCAAAAGCAAAAUGGACCAAACUUCUCAAGUUUGUGUAGUUCUUUACCUGCUCCACACAGCAGGAACCCGGCUUUUCUUCAGCAGCUACAGCCAGCAGGCUGUGUUAAGAAGCGUGUGAUUUUGGUCCCAACUCCAGUUCCCAUACAACAACAGGAAAAUGAAAUUCUGCAGCGAAUGGCAGCACUGAGGAAAGAAGGUUUAUGGUCUCUGAAACGUCUGCCCAAACUCCAAGAGGCCCCACGGCACAAAUCACACCAUGAUUAUCUUUUGGAAGAAAUGCAGUGGAUGGCAACUGAUUUUGUUCAAGAAAGAAGAUGGAAGUUGAUAACUGCCAAGAGACUGAUUUUAAGUGUGGCACGUCAUCAUGAGGAUAUGAUACUUCAUAAGGAAACAUGCAAGAAAAGAGAAGAGGAGCAACUGAGGGCUGUUGCUGCUUUUACUGCUAGAGAAAUUGAACAUUUCUGGUCCACCAUUAAACAGGUGGUAGAUGUAAAACUGCAAGUUGAGUUAGAAGAGAGGAGGAACAAAGCAUUAAACUCACAGAACAUCUCAAAAAAAGAUCUUCUCACACCUAAUGUAAAGAAAUCCAUGGCAGAUUUAGCAGAGGGUGCUGCUGCUGCAGAAGCAUCGUUACCCAAAGGCGGUGCUCAAAUCACAACAGUAGCAAAAAGUGAUACUCCAUCGUUAUUAUGCGGCACUCUUAGAGAUUAUCAGAAGACUGGACUGGAGUGGUUGGCAAAGUUGUAUAAAAUGAAUCUCAACGGCAUUCUGGCUGAUGAAGCUGGACUUGGAAAAACAGUGCAAGUUGUUGCUUUUUUUGCACACCUGGCAUGUAAUGAAGGUAACUGGGGUCCUAUUCUUGUUGUUUCACAAAACUUUAAUGUGCUGAAGUGGGAGACUGAACUGAAAUGCUGGUGUCCUGCUUUGAAAAUUCUUCUGUAUCUUGGGAACCCAGAAGAACUUUUAAAAAAAAGACAGGAAUGGACUGACCCCAAUGAUUUUAAUGUAUGUAUUGCCUCCUGCAAGCAAUUCUUUAAAGACUAUGAAGCAUUCGUGAAAGUACAAUGGAGGUACCUAGUUCUAGAUGAGAGGCAGAACGUCGUCAUCGUUUACUCUUGA